AUGAAUGCAGUAGAAAUUUCGACGCAAAACGGCAUGAGCUCACGCAGUUUGGAAGGGGUGACGGAAUUUCCAGAUACCAAACGUUUUGUCCAGCGAAGCAGGUUUAAAGGCCUUGUCAGGUCCGGCAACAAAAGACAUCAGCGAACGCAAUCGAACGAAAAAGAGGUGAGAGCCCCAGAAUACAAGCGACUACAUCAGUAUAGCGGACAUCAAGGUCUUGAUGAAAUGUCAGCCGCAGCACAUGAUGUCGAAGCCGCCUUUAUCGUGGAUUCAGUGGGAGAAAUGCCGACAACGUUUAAGUCGGCUAUGGAAUCCAGCGAAGCAGUUGAGUGGCGUGAGGCAUGCAACUCAGAAAUUGAGUCACUUCGUAGGAACAAGACCUGGGAGCUAGUACCACUACCGCAUGGACGGAAAGCAAUUGGCAACAGAUGGAUUUUUCGCGUGAAAGAGAACCAAAACGGUGAAAUCGAGCGUUACAAGGCGCGUUUGGUGGCUAAGGGUUUCGCACAGAAGUACGGCAUCGACUACAAAGAAACGUUUGCACCUGUGGCGAAGUUUACGUCGAUCAGAGUCCUGCUCAGUUUGAGCGCAAAGUACAACCUGACGGUGCAUCAAAUGGACGUCAAAACCGCUUUUCUUAAUGGGGUGCUUGAAGAGGACAUUUUUAUGGUUCAACCUGAUGGUAAGUUAUGA